AUGUUGCGGAUAGGCACGGCGGCGGAAGGAGGUGGCGGCUGGGGAGAGUGGAGAGGAGAAGGAAGGAAGAAGUCGAGAGGAUGGUGGAAGCAAUGGACAGAGAAAGGAGGUGAAAUUUGGGAGCGGUGGUUAUGGCUAGAGAACAACCUUACUGCAACAGGAACUCGUUCAUGGUCGUCGUCGGCGACAAGUCGCAGGCUUGGUUAG